AUGGUGGUGCAAAGACAAAGAGCUGCGUCCAAAUCUGCAAUUCCUUCUAGCAGCGGACAACAUUUUUCUUUAGCGCUACUCCCAAUUACAAUUCUAGUGAUUCCGCCUAACACAUCUAUGCAGCCGCUUAAUUUAAUAGCGUCAACUGGGCACAUCUCUUUUGCCAUUGGUGGUGGUGUUGUUGUUGGCGGUGUUGGUUUCAUAGUUGGUGGUGGUGUUGGUGUGGGAAUUGUUGGUGGUGUUGGAAGUGUCGGUGUUGGUGUUGAUGGUGGUGGUGUUGUUAUUGGAGGUUUUGUUGUCGGAGUUGGUGGCAGUGUUGGUGUAGGACUUUUUGGUGGUGGUGGCGGUAUUGCUGGAGUUGGCAAUGUGGGUGUCGUGGUUGAUGGUGUUGGAGUUGGUGCCGGAGUUGGUGGUGGUUUUAUUGUUGUUGGUGGAGUUAGCUUUGGUGUUGGAUUUGGUGGUGGUAUGGGUGGUGAUGUCGGUGUUGGUGUGGAUGGAGUUGGAAAUUUUGGCGGUGGUGUUUGUUUCGGUGGUGUUGGUGUUAGAGUUGGUGGUGGUUUUAUUGUUGGCGGUAUUACUACUGGAGUUGGUGGUUGUGGUGUUGGUGUCGGUGUUGGAGGUGGAAAUGUUGGCUUUGAGGUUGAUGGAGGUGGUGUUAGUUUUGGUGGUGGUUGUGGUGGAGUUGUUGGUGGUGAUGUUGGAAGUGUUGGUGUUGAUCGUGGUGGCGGUGUUGGUGAAGGAGUUGGUGGCGGUUUUAUUGUUGGCGACGUUGGCAUGGACGGUGUUGGAAAUGUUGGUGUCGGUACUGAUGGUGGUGGUGUUUUUGGUAGUGUUGGUGUUGGAGUUGGUGGAAUAGGCAAUGACGGUGGUGGUGGUGGUAAUGUUAUUGGCGUUGUUGGUAUCAGAGUAGGGGGUGGUUUUAUGGUUGGAGGUGUCGGUGCUGGAACUCGUGGUGGAUUUAUUGUAGGCGGCAUUGGUGUUGGUGUUGAUGGUGGUGGUCUUAGUUUUGGUGGUGUUGGUGUUGGUGUUGGAGUUGGUGGUGGUGUUGGUGGUGGAAGUGGUGGUAGUAAAGUUGGUGGUGGUGUUUUACUUGGUGGAGUUGGAUCUAGUGUCGGGGGAGUAGAUGGUGAUGGUGGUGUUGAUGGAGUUGGAAAUAUUUGCGUUGGGGUAGAUGGAGGAGGUGGUAAUAGCGGUGGUGGUAGUGUUGGAAAUGUUGGUGUUAGUGUGGUUGGCGGAGUUGGUGUCGGAGAUGGUGGCGGUUUUAUUAUUGGCGUGAUCGGUGCAGGAGUUGGUGGUGGUGUUGGCAGUGUUGGUGUCGAUGUUAAUGGUGGUGGAGGUAUUGUUGGCGGCGUUGGUAUAGGAGUUUGUGGUGGUUUUAUUGUUGGAGAUUUUGGUGUGGGAGUUGGUGGUGGUACUGGCAGUGUUGGUGUCGGUGUUGUUGGAGGGGUUGGAAUGGGAGUUGGUGGAGGUUUUAUUUUUGGUGGUGGUGUUGGCAGUGUUGGUUUCGGUGUUGGAGUUGGUGGGAGAAGUGGUGGUGUUGGUAUUGGAGUUGGUGGGAGUGGUGUUGGCGUUGGCGGAGUGGGAGUUGGAGUUGGUGUUGGUGUUGGGAUAGGUGGUGGUGUGGGCGGUGAUGCUGGCGGAGUUAGUGGCGGUUGUAUUAUUGGCGGUAUUGGUGGUGGUGUUGGUAGUGUUGGCGAUGGUGUUAAUUUUGGGGGUGUUGGAGUUGGUGGUGUUGGAGUUGGUGUUGUUGUUGGUGGUGUUGGAAAUGCCGGUGUCGUUGGUGGCGGUGUUGUUAUUGGCGGUAUUGGUGUAGGAGUUGGAGGUGGUUUUAUUGUUGGAGGUAUCGGUGUUGGAAGUAUUGGUGGUGGUAUUGUUGUUGGCGGUGUUGGUGUUAGUGUUGGUGGUGGUUUUACUGUUGGCGGUGUUGGUGUUGGUGGAGAUGUCGGUGUUGGUUUGGGGGGUUUUGGUGGUGUGGACGGAGUUGGAAAUUUUGGCGGUGGUGUUAGUUUUGGUGCUGUUGGAGUUGGUGGUGGUUUUAUUGUUGGCGGUGUUACUACAGGAGUUGGUGGUUGUGGUGUUGGCGUUGGAGGUGUAGGCAAUGUUGGUGUCGGGGUUGAUGGCGGUGGUGUUAGUUUUGGUGGUGGUCGCGGUGGAGUUGUUGGUGGUGGUGUUGGGAGUGGUGCUGUCGUAGUUGAUGGUGGUGGUGGGGGUGGUGGUGGUGUACUUAUUGGCGGUUUAGGUGUAGGAAUUGGUGAAGGUUUUAUUGUUGGCGGCGUAGGCAUGGACGGUGUUGGCAAUGUUGGUGUCGGUGAUGAUGGUGGUGUUGGUGUUAGAGUUGGUGCCGGUGGAGGUGUUGGUGGAAUUGGUAAUGCUGGUGGUGAUGUUGAUGAUGGUGGAGGUGGUGACAAUGUUGUUGGCGGUGUUGGUAUCGUAGUAGGGGGUGGUUUUAUGGUUGGAGGUGUUGGUGCUGGAACUGGUGGUGGAUUUAUUGUUGGCGGCAUUGGUGUUGGUGUUGAUGGUGGUGUUAGUUUUGGUGGUGUUGGUGUUAGAGUUGGUGGUGGUGUUUUUAUUGGUGGAGUUGAUGAUGGUGGUGUUGUUGGUGGAGUUUGGGAAGAUGGUGGUGGUGGUAGUAGUGUUGGUGGUAGUGUUGGUGUGGAUGGUGCUGGAAAUGGAAAUGUUGGUGUUGUUGGCGGAGUUGGUGGCGGAGAUGGUGGCGGUUUUAUUGUUGGCGUGAUUGGUGCGGGAGUAGGUGGCGGUGUUGGUAGUGUUGGUGAUGGUGGUGGAGUUGUUGUUGGCGGCGUUGUUGUAGGAGUUUGUGGCGGUUUUAUUGUUGGCGAUUUUGGUGUGGGAGUUGGUGGUGGUAUUGGCAGUGUUGGUGUUGGUGUUUUUGGAGGCGUUGGAGUGGGAGUUGGUGGCGGUUUUCGUUUUGGUGGUGGUGUUGGAAAUGGUUGUGUCGGGGUUGAUGGUGGUGGUGUUAGUUUUGGUGGUGUUCGCGGUGGAGUUGUUGUUGGUGGUGGUGGGAGUGGUGGUGUCGUUGUUGAUGGUGGUGGUGGGGGUGGUGGUGGUGGUUUACUUAUUGGCGCUGUGGGUGUAGGAAUUGGUGGUGGUUUUAUUGUUGGCGGCGUAGGCAUGGGCGGUGUUGGCAAUGUUGGUGUCGGUGCUAAUGGUGGUGGUAUUUUUGGUGGUGUUAGUGUUGGAGUUGGUGGCGGUGGCGAUGUUGGUGGAAUUGGUAAUGUUGGUGGCGAUAUUGAUGAUGAUGGUGGUGGUGGUGGCGGCGGCGGCGGCGGCGGUGGUGGUGGUGGUGUUGGCGGUGUUGGUAUCGGAGUAGGGGGUGGUUUUAUGGUUGGAGGUGUUGGUGCUGGUGCUGGAACUGGUGGUGGGUUUAUUGUUGGCGGCAUUAGUGUUGGUGUUGAUGGUGGUGUUAGUUUUGGUGGUGGUGGUAUUUUUAUUGGUGGAGUUGAUGAUGGUGGUGUUGUUGGUGGAGUUGGGGCAGAUGGUGGUGGUGGUAGUGCUGGUGGUAGUGUUGGUGUGGAUGGUGUCGGAAAUGUUGGUGUUGUUGGUGGAGAUGGUGGUGGUUUUAUUAUUGGCGUGAUUGGUGCGGGAGUAGGUGGCGGUGUUGGUAGUGUUGGUGUCGAUGUUGAUGGUGGUGGAGGUGUUGUUGUAGGAGUUUGUGGCGGUUUUAUUGUUGGCGAUUUUGGUGUGGGAGUUGGUGGUGGUACUGGCAGUGUUGGUGUUGGUGUUUUUGGAGGCGUUGGAGUGGGAGUUGGUGGAGGUUUUAGUUUUGGUGGUGAUGUUGGCAAUGUUGGUGUAGGGGUUGAUGGUGGUGGUGUUAGUUUUGGUGGUGUUCGCGGUGGAGUUGUUGGUGGUGGUGUUGGGAGUGGUGGUGUCGUUGUUGAUGGUGGUGGUGGGGGUGGUGGUGGUGGUUUACUUAUUGGCGGUGUGGGUGUAGGAAUUGGUGGUGGUUUUAUUGUUGGCGGCGUAGGCAUGGACGGUGUUGGCAAUGUUGGUGUCGGUGCUAAUGGUGGUGAUAUUUUUGGUAGUGUUUGUGUUGGAGUUGGCGGCGGUGGCGGUGGCGAUGUUGGUGGAAUUGGUAAUGUUGGUGGCGAUAUUGAUGAUGAUGGUGGUGGUGGUGGUGGUGGUGUUGGUGUUGGCGGUGUUGGUAUCGGAGUAGGGGGUGGUUUUAUGGUUGGAGGUGUUGGUGCUGGUGCUGGAACUGGUGGUGGAUUUAUUGUUGGCGUUGGUGGUCGUGUUUUUGUUGGUGGAGUUGAUGAUGGUGGUGUUGGGGAAGAUGGUGGUGGUGGCAGUAGUGCUGGUGGUAGUGUUGGUGUGGGUGGUGAUGGAAAUAUUGGUGUUGUUGGCGGAGAUGGUGGCGGUUUUAUUAUUGGCGUGAUUGGUGCGGGAGUAGGUGGUGGUGUUGGUAGUGUUGGUGUCGAUGUUGAUGGUGGUGGAGGUGUUGUUGGCGGCAUUGUUGUGGGAGUUUGUGGCGGUUUUAUUGUUGGCGAUUUUGGUAUGGGAGUUGGUGGUGGUACUGGCAUUGUGGGUGUCGGUGUUUUUGGAGGCGUUGGAGUAGGAGUUGGUGGCGGUUUUAGUUUUGGUGGUGGUGUUGGAAAUUUUGGUUUCGGUGUUGGAGUUGGUGGGAGUGGUGGUGGCGUUGGUAUUGGAGUUGGUGGGAGUGGUGGUGGUGUUGGCGGAGUCGGAUUUGGAGUUGGUAUUGGGGUAGAUGGUGGUGUGGACGGCGAUGCUGGCGGAGUCGGUGUUGGAGUUGGUGGCGGUUGUAUUAUUGGCGGUGCUAAUGGUGGUGUUGGUAGUGUUGGAGGUGGUGUAAGUUUUGGGGGUGUUGGAGUUGGUGGUGUUGAUUUCGGUGGUGUAGGCGGUGUUGGAGUUGGUGUUGUUGUUGGUGGUGUUGGCAAUGUCGGUGUCGUUGGUGGCGGUGUUUUUAUUGGCAGUGUUGGUGGUGGUUUUAUUGUUGGCGGUAUCGGUGUUGGAAGUGUUGAUGGUGGUGGUGUUGGUUUUGGAGGUGCUGGUGGGGGUAUUGUUGUUGACGGUGGUGGUAUUGUUGUUGGCGGCGUUGGUGUCAGUGUUGGUGGUGGUUGUACUGUUGGUGGUGUUGGUGUGGGUGGAGAUGCCGGUGUUGGUGUGGGGGUUUUUGGUGGUGUGGAUGGAGUUGGAAAUUUUGGCAGUGGUGUUAGUUUUGGUGGUGCUGGUGUUGGAGUUGGUGGUGGUUUUAUUGUUGGUGGUGUUGUAACAGGAGUUGGUGGUAAUGGUGUUUGCAUUGGAGGUGUAGGCAAUGUUGGUGUCGGGGUUGAUGGCGGUGGUGUUAGUUUUGGUGGUGGUCGCGGUGGAGUUGUUGGUGGUGGUGUUGGGAGUGGUGGUGUCGUUGUUGAUGGUGGUGGUGGGAGUGGGGGUGGUGGUGUACUUAUUGGCGGUGUGGGUGUAGGAAUUGGUGGUGGUUUUGGUGGUGUUUGUGUUGGAGUUGGUGACGGUGGUGAUGUUGGUGGAAUUGGUAAUGGUGGUGGCGAUAUUGAUGAUGGUGGUAGUGGUGGUGGUGUUGUUGGCGGUGUUAGUAUCGGAGUAGGGGGUGGUUUUAUGGUUGGAGGUGUUGGUGCUGGAACUGGUGGUGGCUUUAUUGUUGGAGGCAUUGGUGAUGGUGUUGAUGUUGGAGUUAGUGUUGGUGGAGUUGAUGAUGGUGGUGUUGUUGGCGGAGUUGGAAAUGUUGGUGUUGGGGUAGAUGGUGGUGGUGGUAGUAUUGCUGGUGGUAGUGUUGGUGUGGGUGGUGUUGGAAAUGUUGGCGUUGUUGGCGGAGAUGGUGGCGGUUUUAUUAUUGGCGUGAUUGGCGCAGAAGUUGGUGGUGGUGUUGGCAGUGUUGGUGUCGAUGUUGACGGUGGUGGAGGUGUUGUUGGCGGCGUUGGUGUAGGAGUUUCUGGCGGUUUGAUUGUUGGGGGUUUUGGUGUGGGAGUUGGUGGUGGUAUUGGGAAUGUUGGUGUUGGUGUUGGUGUUGAUGGUGGUGAAGGUAUUGUUGGAGGCGUUGGUGUGGGAGUUCGUGGUUUUGGCGGUGUUGGAGUUGGUGCAAGUGGUGGUGGUGUUGGCGGAGUUGGAGUUGGUGUUGGGGUAGACGGUGGUGGCGUCAGUUUUGGUGGUAGUGCUGGCGGUGUUGUUGGUGGAGCUGGUGGCGGAGUUGGUGGCGGUUGUAUUAUUGGCGAUAUUGGUGGUGGUGUUGAUAGUGUUGGUGGUGGCGGUGUUCGUUUUGGUGGUGUUGGAGUUGGUGGUGUUGGUGGUGGUGGUGUUGGAGUUGGUGUUAUUGUUGGUGGUGUUGGCAAAGUCGGUGUCGUUGGUGGUGGUGUUAUUGGCGGUGUUGGUGUCGGAGUUGGUGGUGGUUCUAUGGUUGGAGGUGUCGGUGGUGGUGUUGGAAGUUUUGGCGUCGAAGUUGGUGGUGGUGUUGUUGUUGGAGGUGUUGGUGUGGGAGUUGGUGACGGUAUCGGUAGUGUUGGUGGAGGUGGUGCUUGUGCUGGCGGUGGUUUUGGUGUAGGUAAGGAUGGAGGCGGUAUUAGUGUUGGUGGUGUUGGUUUAGGUGCAAGAGCUCUUGGUGGUGGUGCUGGUGUUGAUGAAGGAGCUUUUGGUGGUGGUGUUUGCUUUGGCGUUGGAGCUUUUGGUGGUGUUGGUAUAGGCGUAGGAGAUUUUGGUGGUGGUCUUGGUUCGGGGAUGGGAGAUGUAGGCGGUGGACAUGGUUUUACAAUUGGUGUAAAUGGCGGUGGCUUAGCUUUGGGGGUAUGCUUUUUCUUGGGUGGGGAUUGUUUCGGUGGUUUGAAAGUUGGAGACGGUUUAGCAUGA